UGAUCGGAUUAUUAUUUAUUGUCGAGACUCGAGACCCGUUCGGCCUUCUUAGCAAUGUAAGAAUGUUAAUUCCCCUCAAUAAUUCGUAGAAUCAAACGGGAAAACUUGCAAUUAACUCAAAAAUAAUCAAAGUGAUAUAUUAACGCAGAUACUGUAAUUCUGAAUUGUAGUUGGGUUGUUGCGGAUUAAAGGAUUUUUUUUGUUUUAUAAAAUAUAAAAUGCCAAAAAUAAAAAGAAAUAUCGAAAAUUUAAAACACCCUAACAGUCGCAAAAUGAUGUCUUUAGCAAAGAAAAUUAAUAAGGAAGAGAAGAAAAAUAUUAAUAAACUUGGAACUCACAUUAAACACAAUUUAAUUGGAGAAAAGAUAAUGUGGUUUAAAGACAGGCUUCCUGUAGGAUGCCAGGUAUUAACUAGGGAACAAACAUUAGAACUUAUUGAGAGUUAUUUGGCGCGUUUUAAUGAAGAACUAGAACAAAUAGCUUUAAAAAAUUCAGUGGGUCAGAGGAAGAACCGCCAGCAUGCUAGUCGAGAAGAUGUCAUAAACAUAACAAAAAAACGAGAAAUUGAAGAGUUUGAAACAUGUGGCUUGGAAAUGCCAGAUUUAAUGGAUAUCCAUCAGAUGGAAGUAUUAAAAAAUUGGAAUGGAGAGUUAAGGUUCUUGCAACAUUUUAAACUGCGUAGGUAUGCAAGAAAACAUCUUACAUAGCACAAAGAAUAUAAUUAUAAUCAAGUGUCACUGUGCUUAUGAAUGCAAUUCCCACUUAAUUAAUACUUUUUUUAAGUAUGAACUUAAAUAUGAAUGUAUCAUAUCUUAUUUAACUGAUAUUACAAAAUUUGUACCUAACAUAUGAACAAUUGAAAAAAUUAAAAAUAAAUGAGUUUUUUUCUUUUACCAUAACAUGAAUAAAUAAUUUCUUAACUCUUUAUGUCACAGUAUUUAAAAUCUAUACGAGUUGAGCCCUACUUAUUAUUUUGAACCCAACAUUUUAAGAUUCUAUGUCAUGAAGUUUUUGUACUUACCUGAUUAUUUUUUUUUAUUUUUCUGCCUGGAAUAAAGUGAUGAGGCCGCCUGUUGCCUUAUUUGUAUUUAAUUGAACUGAUGCUUGGAACAGAGUGUCAAAUACAUAAAAAGUCUAGUGAAUUUAGUAAAAGACCAAUUGACUAAACAUAAUAUAUUUACACAAUAACCUAGAUUAAUACAAAAAGUAAUAUAAGAUGCAUAAUCAAAUGAAAACUGUACAUAAUUAAAUAUGAGUUUGUAAAUUUAGAUGUGUUUUUUAUAACACAAUCAUUUGUCACAUAUUUAAGGUAUAUGGUAUAACUGGGAAAAAGGAAUAGGUAAAAUAACAUUAUAUUAUAUUGAAUAUGGCAUGUAUUUAACUAAGAAAAAAAAGUGACUUACUUUAUUAUAAUAAGGUAUAUAUAAGAUUUGAAGCUUGCAAACUAAAUGGAAAACAAUAAAAUAAAUUACAUCAUGUAUGAAUACUCAAUUUGAUCCAACAUAAUAUUUGAUACAAAGCUCAUGAAUGUAAAGCCAGAUUCAAUAUAUUUAAUUAAAUAAUAAUAUGUGCUCUAUAGCAAUUAACAAUAUAGUCUUCGCUAAACCCAUUUAUUUAAUGUUAAGAAAUACAUGUCCGUCCUAACAA